UGUGAUGAGUGCAACUUGUGAAAAAGUAUCAAAAUAAUUAGUUUUUUCUUCCAAACUGCUCAUAAUCAUUUCUGAAAAGGUCGACAAAUCAAAUUUUGCAAUAUAUUAUUGAUAACAGUUCUUUAUAAACAAGUUUUAAUUUGAUUUUGCGAAUUCAUGGUAGACAUAACCUCUACAAUGCCACCUGUGGAUAAAACCCCCCAUGUCCACACCGGAGACUUCGAACUGGUGAAUUGUUUGCACGCUUAUUUAAAAGUACCGGUGUUUGAGUACCGGUCGAAAAAUACAGGACUUACGGUGGUCAUAGUUGAGGUUGAUGGGCCUGUGGUUAAUGGAUACUUUUGUCUAGCAACUGAAGCUUUCGACGACGAUGGCUUGCCGCAUACUCUCGAGCACUUGAUUUUUUUGGGGAGUGAGCAGUACCCCUACAAGGGGGUCCUGGAUUUGCUUGCAAAUCGGUGUUUGGCCUCUGGUACAAACGCCUGGACAGACACCGACCACACCUGUUACACCAUGGAGACUGCUGGGAGUGAAGGGUUUUUGGCUUUGAUGCCCAUAUUUUUAGAGCACAUUUUAUACCCCAUCCUGAGUGAGGAAGGUUUUAUCACUGAAGUUCACCACAUAACUCCUCAAGGCGACGAUGCCGGUGUUGUCUAUUGUGAAAUGCAAGGCCGCGAGAACACAGCUGAAUCCAGACUUCAUGUUAACUUAGCCAGGGCUAUGUAUCCAGGCCGUUGCGGCUAUUCCUCUGAGACUGGCGGGAUUAUGAAAAAUCUGAGAGAGUCAACCACUAAUGAAAAAGUGAAAAACUACCACAAAGAGUUCUACAGACCUGAGAAUUUGAAAGUUAUCAUCACAGGUCAGAUUAAACAUGAGGAAGUUUUUAAAGCUUUAGAAUCUCUCGAACGUAAAAUACUAAUGAAAGGGGAACGGGGCGAUUUUAAGAGACCAUGGCAAAGCCCUGUUCCUCCUUUGCUUGAAUCAAAGGAUUUGAUUAUCAAAUAUCCCACUGAUGAAGAGAAUAAUGGCGUUUUUUGUAUUGGAUGGAGGGGGCCUUCGGCUGUCACUGAACAGUAUAUGUUGACAGCAGUGUGUAUUUUUCUCAAGUAUCUCACCGAAUUUUCCACUUAUACUUUGCCAAAGGAGUUUAUUGAAAUUGAUGAUCCUUACGCCAGCAACAUUUCUUUUAACUUUUUGGAAAACGCUGAAUCUUGCAUUUACAUAAUGUUCGAGGACGUGCCACUAAACAAAUUACCAGAAGUUAAACCGAAAUUACAAGAAUUAUUAAAGAGGCUUGUGGAUGAAGAAGAUAUUAAUAUGGAACGAAUCAAAAGUAUAAUCAAACGCAACAAACUUGAGCACUUGAGUGAUAUUGAAAAUAACCCACAUAGCACUUUAGCUUUCAUAAUAAUCGGUCACAUUUUAUACGGAAAUACAAAAGAAGACCUUCAACAAAGACUCAAUCCUUUGGUCGAUUUAGGCAAACUUUUGAAAGAACCUAAAUCGUUUUGGGUUUCUUUGAUGAAGAAAUAUUUAGUUGACAAUAAUUACGUAGCCGUGCAAUGCAUUCCAAGUAAAGACGAACAAAUGAGAAUGGCAGAAGAAGAAGCAAAACGGAUUAAAGAACAAAUUGAUUCUCUUGGUGAAGACGGUUUAAAAGAAAAGGAAAAAUUAUUAGAAGACGCGAUUAAGUUCAAUAGUAGAGAUCCACCAGCUGACAUGAUAACAUCACUGCCUAUUCCAAGUCUCAAAACUAUCAAUUUUCAUGAUAUUAAGAGAUACAGAACUGAUUUAGAUGAUAGACAACAAAUCGAUUUAUCAAACACUAACGUCUACACCUGCUUUGAUCACAUCAAAUCCGAAUUUAUUUAUUUGUAUGCGUUAUUGGAUAGCACAGCCGUUCCCCAAGAACUGCGCAUUUACCUCCCUUUGAUGCUGGAAUCCUUGUUCGAAUCUCCCAUCAGAAAGAACGGAAAACUCAUCCCAUAUGAAGAAGUUAUCGAACAAUUAAACAACGACACUGUUUCCUUCAGUUCAAGUAUCGGUCUUGGUUCCAAAUGCCUCUUCAAAUGCGGUCCCUAUUCUCAUACAAUUUCCGUAAUGUUGCAACUGGAGGUGGCAAAAUACGAAAAAGGGAUCGAGUGGUUACGCGAUAUUUUAUACAACACUGUUUUUUCAGUCGACCGAUUGAAAAUAAUUGCGGCUAAAAUGAAUAAUGCCGUAGCACAGGCGAAAAGAUCGGGACGGAAUGUCGUAGCUUACGCCAUGCGAGGAAUGCGUUUCGUUGAAAACAGUAAUAUUUACAACAAUGGCAUUCUUGUGCAAAAUAAAUUUUUAACUGAGACUAGUGAAACUUUAGCGAGUGAAAAGUCGGUCGAUUUGUUGGUCACGUGCGAGAAAAUCUGGAAAAUUCUUGUCGAUCCGAAAAAUGUAGUGUUGCAUUUGAUUGGGAAUUUAGAUUGUAUUCCUGACGCCGCCGAACCUUUGAGCAAAUUUUUGCCAUCAAAUGUCAACCCGAUUCAAGAAAAACUACAUGUCAUCCCUGAUCUAAAAUUGAUCAAACCAUCACAGGAGCAGAGUUUAACCGGUUGUGUUAUCGGUAUGGGGUGUCUAGAAUCAGCUUUUUUCCAUCAAACAGUUGACAGUAUUUCUUCGUAUGAAGAUCCCGACUUGCCUGCUUUGAUGCUUUACUUGCAGUAUUUAAUACAAGCGGAGGGCCCCAUGUGGAGACAAAUAAGAGGCAAAGGGUACGCCUAUGGGUACACUAUGAUGGUUAAGCCUCAUGAAGGUCUUCUCUAUUUAGUGUUCUCUCGAGCUACGAACGUAGUCGGUGCUUAUAUGGAAGCUAAAGAAAUUAUUUUAAAUCAGAUAAAUAACCAAGAGUGGGAUACUAAUUUAAUCGACUCUGCUAGGAGUUCUCUUAUUUUUGAACUGAUAGAGAAAGAGAAUACUAUAGGAAGUGUUAUUGGAUUAUCGGUCAUUUCCUAUUUCCAACAAGUUGAUUUUACCUAUAAUAGAACUCUGCUCAAUCUCAUUCACAACGUAACUAUAGAAGAAUUGAAUAAUGUGGGGAAAAAGUAUUUGUUAGCAUUGUUCGACUCUAAAAGAACUAAGACUGCGAUUGUUUCGGUUCCUGCAAAAGCUGAGCAAAUAAUGGAGGCCUUUAGAAGUGUAAAUAUUGAUUUAACCGUGUAUCCAUCUUUAGAAGAAAGUUUUUUGAAAUAAAUUAUACAACGAUGUGGCUACAAAUUCAAAUUAUAGGUGUCCAUAUUCAUCUUAAUUUGUAUGUAUUUAUUUAUUAAAUAACAAUUAUCAUGUAACAAAUUAUUUUGUUGUUAUUAUUAUCUGUUUCUCCUCUAAAAACGUAGAACUAGUUCUGGUUAAAAAUACAUAAAGUCGUCCCGACUAUUUUUUAAA